ACUACGUUUUGUUCUGCCAUGGUUAAGAAAAAGCACACAAGCUACUCACUCAAAACCUUCAGAGUGAGGAUGGAGAUAUCAUUGAAUGCAUUGACAUCCACAAGCAGCCAUCAUUCAAUCAUCCUGCCUUAAGAAAUCACAAAAUCCAGAUGACCCCAAGCUACAAUCACAAACACACCAAAGAACAACAACCUAUGGGAACACCUUACACCAAACACAUGAACAAAGAAGACAUUAUUACUACUCCUCUCACUAUAACAACAACACAAACAUGGCACAGGAGUGGGAGUAGUUGUCCCAAAGGAACCAUUCCCCUUAGAGUUGGACAAACCAAGAGAAAUCAAGUGGAAAAUAGGAGUACUAGAAAGAAGAAGCCUCCCAUACAUUAUCAUCACCACCAUAAAUUGAACGAAAAUGAUGAAGAUGACAAGUUUUUACUCUUGCACCCAAACCGAUCGUUGGCAAUGUUACACACAGAAGGGAUGAGUUACUUGGGAGCAAAAGGAGACAUUAAAGUUUGGAAUCCUCACGUAGAAAAAGAAGAUUACAGCACUUCUCACGUCACACUCGCUGGUGGGCCUUAUUAUGAUUAUGAACUGGUCCAGUCUGGCUGGGCCGUCAACCCGGCCCUCUAUGGGGAUACCCAAACCCGAUAUUUCACUUAUUGGACGAAGCCGUGCGGAGGAGUAAUGACUCGUUUGGAUGUGAGGCAGGCAGAUGGAUCAAACAAAACAGGGUUUUUUGACCUGAGCUGCCCGGGGUUUGUCCAAACUAGCCACGAAAUUGCACUUGGCGCUGCCAUCUAUCCCAUCUCAUCCUCUACCGGUCUGCCCUAUGAAAUUACCGUAUUCAUUCACCAGGACCCAUACACGGGCAAUUGGUGGCUACUAUACGGAGACGCAAUAGACAUCGGGUAUUGGCCCAGGGAGCUAUUCGGCGUUUUAGAGCAGCACGCCGAGACAGUCCAGUGGGGCGGCGAGGUCUACAGCGGCCACUUGAGCGACCGGCGGCCGCACACGACGACGGAGAUGGGCAGCGGAGACUUCCCGGAGAUCAUAUUCGGGGCGUCGGGGUCGGUGAAGAGGAUGAGGGUCCUCGGGAACUCGCUGGACCUGACCGUGCCGGAUUGGGCCUACCCGUACGCCGACGAGUACAAGUGCUAUGAUUCUUAUUACCUCACCGAUUAUGUUCCCGAGCCCGAGUUUUACUAUGGAGGUCCGGGCAGGUGCCCCAUUUGCCCCUAGCUUUAUUAAGGCUUUGUUUGGUUUAGCAUGUUUUAUAUAUUUCCCAUGAACUUUUUAGGUUAUAUUCUCUCUAACUUGAUAUGUGUGUCUGUGACAAGUUUGGUGCAUAUUUAUUUAGCAUACACAAGCUGAGAAAACUUUAAAAGAAAACAUCAAGUAAAGCAAGAAAAGUGGU